UGGAACCGCCAAAAGCCUCUGAUACGUUCACCUCUCACCCAUGAGCGAGAGGUAGACAUCGAUGCGUUGGCUUUCACUGCUCAUAAACAAACGGAAAACAGAAACACAACAUUUCUAAUUCGUUCCCAGCGGAAUUUGUUCUUCGGCUCGGAUUCUUCGCCACAGAUCGAAGCCAUGUCGAAAAGGGUCCUUUGCAAGUUUUUUGCUCACGGGGCCUGUCUGAAGGGGGAACAUUGCGAGUUUUCACAUGAUUGGAAAGCCCCUCCUAAUAAUAUAUGCACCUAUUACCAAAAAGGAAUCUGCGCGUAUGGAAGCAGGUGCAGAUAUGAGCAUGCUAAGUCUUCACGAUUACAAUCUUCUGCGCCAUCUUCUUCAGUACCUUCUCAACAGAACAGGCUAUCAAGUGCUCUUCCAACUAUCUCCACAGAACAGUUUGUUUUGGACAGACCAUUUGACCCUCCCAACAAACAGAUUUGGGACCAAAAGUCAGGGCCUCAUGAUUUAUUAGAUAUUGAUGAUGAUAUAGUUGAGAUGAAGAGUCUGAAUCCAUCCGAUCAAUCAAUCUGCUCUUUUGCUGCUGCUGGUGAUUGUCCACGUGGGUCAAAGUGUCCUUAUAUUCAUGGAGAUUUAUGUCCCAUUUGUGGCAAACAUUGCUUGCAUCCAUUUAGGCCGCAUGAGAGGGAGGAACAUAUGACGGCAUGUCAAAAAAGGCAAAACCACAUCGAAGCAUUGAAACAUAGUCAAGAAAUAGAGUGCAGUGUGUGCCUUGAGCGUGUUCUCUCUAAACCAACAGCAGCAGAACGUAAAUUUGGAAUCUUGUCAGAGUGUGAUCAUCCGUUCUGCAUAUCAUGCAUCAGGAAUUGGCGAAGUAGUUCUCCCACAUCUGGACUGGAUGUGAAUUCAGCAUUGAGGGCCUGCCCUAUAUGCCGGAAGCUUUCAUAUUUUGUCAUUCCUAGUGUUCUUUGGUACUCCUCAAAAGAAGAAAAAAGUGAAAUUGUUGAGAACUAUAAAUCAAAACUCAGUUCAAUUGAUUGCAAGCACUUUGAGUUUGGAAAUGGAACCUGCCCAUUUGGAACUAGUUGUUUCUACAAGCAUGCAUACCGUGACGGUCGUUUGGAGGAAGUGGCUUUACGGCAUCUUGAUGCUGAUGAUGGAACUACAGUGAUUGUGAAAAAUAUAAGACUCUCGGAUUUCCUCAGUAAUUUGCAAAUAAGGUGAAUACUGCAUAAUAAUCUCAGGAUAUAUGUCUCAAGCAACUCAAAUUUCACCCACAAAGCUAUACAGCAUGGAUAUAUGACUUGGCUUUUGUAAGAGUAAACUAUCAAGAUUCAUGGUGCUAGGCAUUACAAUGGGAGUGGACAAUACUUUUGUUUCAGAACACUAUUUACUUGUGAUGGUUGGAUGUAUACACGCUCCGGACAUGAACCAAAUUAUGAAUUUAUUCUACUAUUUGGGUCAGUGGGCCAAAAUAAUUUGCAGUGUGUGAAGCAAAUUGCCUGACUACCCUCCCCAUUGGACUUUAUAGGGGUCAAGAGUGUUACAUGUACAUUGUAACUUUACAGUUUUCUUCUUCUCACUUCAAUUUUGGUAAAUAAGAUAGAACAGGUCAUGUGAGUUUUUAUUCACAAUUGGAUGUCAAUUGUCUUUAGAUUUUGACAAUUUGUUAUUUAAUACGGAGUAAGAUACUAGCAGUCUAACGCAUCAGGCCAUCAAAUUCUCGUUAUGCUUUAAUGAUUCAAUUGUUAAAUCAUUUUUCUUUAAAAUUGAAUAUAAU